AGUUAGCCGCAGCCACCCCUGAGGGCCAGUAGCAGUAGCAUUCUCAGUCGAGCAGGACGUGUCGGGUCGUCGUGUCGCUCGCCCGGUGCAUCAGUGCGAAGUGUGCCGUGCCAGUGCGAGUGCAGUGCGAGUGCAGUGCGAGUGCAGUGUCUCCAGUGAAGUGCCCGCCGUCAGCGCCCUGUUGGAUGUCAUCAUGACCCUCUUGGCCUCUGACCCUUCGCCGUCCUCGAGCCCGAUCCCCUUGUCGAGCCCCAUGGCCUCCCCGAUGGCCCUCCUGUCGCUGUCCAAGCGCACGGCCUCCACCUCAUCGUCCCUGUUCCGCCCGUGGGCGGCCAGCGAGGCGGCCAGCGAGGCCGGCGGCGACGCGGCGAACGAGGCCGUCAGCGAGUCCGCGGCCGCGGUCCAGUGCUCGCCCCCUGUCGGCAUCUGCGCCGGCCUGUCGUCGCGCGCAGGCCGUCCCUCCAAGGUGCGCGCCGCCCCCACCGACGCGUCCGAGCAGCAGCCCAUCCUCACCCGGCUAGAGGGGCUCGUCGCCAACCUGGACGACAGCAGCCAGAGCAGCCGGAGCAGCAGCCGUAGCAGCAGCAAGGGUAGGAGCACGUCAGCGAGCAGCGGCAGCAGCUGCCCGCCGUCCCCGGCCAAGGACUUGCGCACCAAGCCGAGACCGACUGGGACGACGUCGUCCAGGAAGUCCACGGGCAGUGCGUUCUCCUCUCCGAAGAGCCUCCCGCCUCCCCCGGGCCCUACCCCGGGCGCCGGCCCCGGCAUGGUCCACGGGUUCCUGUCCCCCGAGGAAGUGGCGCUGCUCGCCGCGCACCAGCAAGCCUUCCACGAGGAGGCCCUGCUUGCCAUGGCCGGCCUCCUGCCCCCCGGAAUGGUGCCCCCCGGGAUGCCGCCGGGCGUCCUCCUGCCCCCCGAAGGCCUUCCGGAGGGUAUCCCCGCCGCCUACCUGGACGAGUACGCUCGCCUGCUACAGCAGGAGCAGAAGGCGCAGGGCGCUGCCGCCAGGAAGCAGAGGCCCAAGAAGUACCGCUGUCCGCACUGUCAGGUCGCCUUCAGCAACAACGGCCAGCUCCGCGGACACGUCAGGAUACACACAGGUGAACGUCCGUUCAAAUGCGAGGAGGAGAGCUGCGGCAAGCGCUUCACGCGCAACGAGGAGCUGACCCGCCACAAGCGCAUCCACUCGGGGCAGAGGCCGUUCGCGUGCCAGGCGUGCGGCAAGCGCUUCGGGCGCAAGGAUCACCUCAAGAAGCACACGCGCACCCACGACCCCGCGCACCGCAUGGGCGUGGCCGGCGUGCUGCCCAUCAUGGCCCCGCCGCACUACCUCUACGGCUUCUGAGGACGCCGACGAACCUCCCCGUUUGGAUAAUUGUCUGACUUAUGUGCGUACCAAGCCGUUUGGAGAACAAGACUUUUGAGAUUGUUUUGUUUGGGUGUUUCUAGGCAUGCUAUUUCGACGAUUUCGUUUCACGAUGAUCUCUCACUAUUUUUGUUAAGAAGAAAACACUAGAUCAAAACUUUUAAAAGUUAGUUUGAAAUUCUGAGACUGGUUUUAAUUCAAGUCUGAAGUAUGUCUCGUCUCGGGUACAGUGCAGAGUGCUCAUCGUAACGAUUACGACAGUAGUUUAUAGAAUUUUGACAAAUGAUAUUAUUAUAUUAUUAUAAAAGUAACGCACGUUUGCUCGCACGUUUGUUUAGUCUGUGAUCUAGUUUGUAAGUUAUAUGUAUGUUAUUAACUAUUAUUUGCCAUAUUGCCGGAAGUAAGUUUUGUACGAUUUUGAAUUAUUGGCAGGGGACUGAUGUCUUUGAUCCGAUCAAUUUUUAGGAGAACGUUUAUCGCGACUGAUCGCGUGAUCGUAGUAGAAAUAUUUUGUAACCCAACGCAAAUCUGUUUUUCGUGUGUAUUACGUUUGACACAACGGGUCGAUCACUCCAACGUACUAUGUUAAACUUCUCACUGACCAAAGCCGAAGAAAUGUAAUACCUGCUGUGUAUAUUUUAAUAAGAUUGCUACAUGCCAAGUUUAUUUCUUGAAAAGAGAUUUU